CGAGGGAGUAGCAAUGAAGAAAAAUGGUAAAAAUACCGAACUGGUUAAGCGAGUAAAAAUGUAGAUACUACAAAGUUGGGAUCCCAAAUCUUACAAUUCAAUCACAAAAAUACUCAUUUCUGCAGCUCGGAUCAGCAUCAGAUCAGCAACAAUGGCACUCAAUCUCCGUCUCAAACAUACUGAAUGCAUAAUCCGUAUGUUGAAUCUGAAUCAACCGUUAAAUUCAACCACCACCACCGCUAACGAGCAAGUAUAUAAGAUCCUUAUCUACGACAAGUUUUGCCAAGACAUUUUAUCCCCUUUAAUUCAUGUUAAGGAUCUCCGUAAACACGGCGUUACUCUCUACUUUCUAAUUGACAAGGACCGUCAGCCGAUUAACGACGAUGUUCCUGCUGUUUAUUUCGUCCGUCCUAGUCAGGAAAAUGUGCAACUGAUUAUUUCUGAUGCGUCCAGGGGGCUUUAUAAUUCGUUUCACCUUAAUUUCUCGUCGUCGAUACCGAGGCCGUUGUUGGAGGAUUUAGCAUCGGGGACGUUGAGUUCGGACUCGAUUCAUCGGGUUGGGAAGGUGUUUGAUCAGUAUAUGGAGUUUGUUACUUUGGAUGAUAAUUUGUUUUCUCUUGCGGAUAAGAAUUGUUAUGUUAAGUUGAAUGAUCCGUCGGCUGGGGAUAAGGAGAUUGAGGAGAUUGUUGAUAGGAUUGUUGGGGGGUUAUUUUGUGUUUUGGCAACGCUAGGUGUUGUUCCGGUUAUUAGGUGUCCGAGAGGUGGACCAGCUGAGAUGGUUGCGUCGUUGCUUGAUCAGCGUCUGCGUGAUCAUUUGUUGGUUAAGAAUAAUUUGUUUACUGAGGGUGGGAAUUUUUCUGGGUCUUUACAAAAGCCGAUUUUGUGUUUGUUUGAUAGGAACUUUGAGUUGUCGGUUGCCAUACAGCAUGAUUUUAGGUAUAAACCUCUUGUUCAUGAUGUGCUUGGUUUGAGGUUGAAUAGGUUAAAUGUGCAAGGGGAAAAGGGUGGAACGAAAUCGUUUGAGCUGGACAGGUUUGACCCAUUUUGGGUGGCAAAUGGGUCUUUGGAGUUUCCUGGAGUUGCGAAUGAGAUUGAGACUCAGUUGAACAAGUAUAAGAGAGAUGUGGAUGAGGUCAACCGGCGGACUGGUGGAAGUGACGGAGCUGAGUUUGAUGGGACAGACUUGAUUGGCAACACAAAGCAUUUGAUGAAUGCAGUUAAUUCACUACCCGAGUUAACUGAGCGAAAAAAAGUGAUUGACAAGCACACCCAUAUUGCUACUGUCUUGUUAGGUGAGAUCAAAGAAAGGUCUUUGGAUUCUUAUGCUACAAAAGAGUGUGACAUGAUGGUUAGAGGUGGAAUAGAUCGGAGUGAACUUGUUGCUGUACUUAAAGGGAAGGGGACUAAGAUGGACAAGCUGCGGUUUGCUAUAAUGUAUCUUAUUUCUACGGAAAGUCUUCCUCCAUCAGAAGUAGAGAUGGUUGAAUCGGCUCUUAGGGAGUCUGAGGUAGAUACCAGUGCCUUUCAGUAUGUCAAAAAGAUUAAAGCAUUGAAUUUAUCAUUAGCAUCUGCAAAUUCUGCAAGCAGAAGUAAUAUAGUUGAUUGGGCUGAGAAGCUAUAUGGACAGUCUCUCAGUGCUGUAACUGCUGGAGUCAAGAAUUUAUUGUCUAGUGAUCAUCAACUGGCUUUGACAAGGACGGUUGAUGCCUUAAUGGAGGGUAGACCCAAUCCUGAAAUUGAAUCUUACCUCGUGUUUGAUCCUCGUGCUCCCAAGUCAAGUUCAAGUAGCAGCCAUCUGAGAGGACCAUUCAAAGAAGCUAUUGUUUUUAUGAUUGGAGGUGGUAAUUAUGUGGAGUAUGGAAGCUUACAAGACCUUGCUCAACAUCAACAGCCCGUCAAGCAUGUUAUAUAUGGAACAACAGAAAUUUUGACAGGUGGGGAGUUCGUAGAACAGCUUGCAGCUCUGGGGCAGAAGAUGGGAUUAGGCGGCGGCAGCAGCAGCAGUGCUGGUCCAGUCUCUUAAAACUGAAAGAAUCAUUAUCUUUUUUAUGCAAAACCAUGAGUCACGUCUGCACCAGUAAGAUACGCUCUAUGGUGUCCUAGUGAUGUAUACAAUUGUAUGCUCUAUGCUGUCCUAGUGAUGGACAGGAGUCCAUGAUAUGUCCCCUCAAGCACCUGCAGGUUUUUGAAAUUUAAUCUACUCCUUGCAUAUGUCCACUUUCUUUGAAGUUUUUGGUGUAGUUUGAUGCUGAAUUUAUUUACAUGUACCUAUUUAUUUUAAAUAUAUAUUAAAUCCAUUGUGUUCUGUCAA